UUCCGCCCCUUUCCUUCCUCAGCCGUCUUCCAGUCUCUCGUCGUCGCCGCCUCGCCGUAGUCCAUCACUUGUCGUGACCAGGUCUCCGAAUUUUGUAAAAAAAAGUCAGCCGUUUCGAAGACGAUAAGCUUUCACCGACAACCACAGUCAAGAUGGCCUCCAAGGAGCUCACGUACCAGGACGUUGCCGAGCACAACACCAAGAAGGACCUCUACGUCGUCAUCCACGACCAGAUCUACGACUGCACCAAGUUUGUGGACGAGCACCCCGGUGGCGAGGAGGUCCUUCUCGACGUCGCCGGCCAGGACGCCACCGAGGCCUUUGAGGAUGUCGGACACAGCGACGAGGCCCGAGAGACGCUCGAGCAGCUCAAGGUCGGCACUCUAAAGCGCAACCCCGGCGAUCCCAAGCCCAAGACGCCCCUCCCCGGCGCGGUUGCCCCAGCGGCCAACAAUACCUCUGCCGGCUUCGGAGUCGGUCUGUACGCCGUUGUGCUCAUUGGCGGCCUUAUCGCGUACGGUGCCUACCAGUACCUGCAGCAACAACAGGCUGCACAGAGCGCCUAAGUUGUCUUGCGUCGAGCACACGGAUUGCUAUUGUGCUGGGGGGUUUUUGACUACUUGAUGCUCAUGGCGUUUCUGGGUGCUACCGGUGUUUCUGCACUGUGCCGAAGGAAUCAUGCAUAUGGGAAUACGCUAGCGUCCGUCUGGUCU